AUGAAAAAGUCAAUUGGACCCGUCAGGCCAGCCGCCAGCCGUGCCAGCCUGGUGCCCGUCGGCUCGGACAUGCUGUGGUGGACUUGUGGUGACGCCAGGCUCUAUCAAUCUGCUGCUCGCGACCUCACGAUGAUGCACAUGUAG